GAGGCGGCGCCGGGGUCCCGGUGGUGGCCGAGUUGCUGUAGGGCAUCGAUCCGUCGCGUGGUCUCCGCGGGGCGCUUCUGCACAGGUGGGCGCGUGCGUCCCUGUGGUCCGAGUCCCAAGCCUGUGAGCACCCGGGCCACCGCGGGGCGGGGGUCAUCCAGUGCCCGGUCGUCCCGAGGUUCUUUCCCGCUGGCCUCACAGUGGAUCCCUGGCUCCGGAGGUUUCCUUCCGUCGCGUGCUGUGACGUCUCUCCGAGACCGCGGGAGCGUCUCUGCUGCGGACAGCCUUUCCAGGGUCUCUUCACCAAAUCAAGGUUCUUGAGUAUCAGUGAAGUGCAUCGCAAUCUUGCAGUCCCUUGGUUGCAGACCAUCUAACUGUGAGUGUCCCUCGUGCAAGGCAAGGUUUUCAAGAUGGCUGCAGCCCCUCAGGCUCCAAAGAGGGGCUCUAUUCGGAAGACUAGACCUCCGGUUGUAAAGACAUCACUGAACAACCCUUAUGUUAUUUCCUGGAGCACCUUGGAGAGAGAAGACAUACACUUUAUAUUACAGACUCUGGAAGACAAGUUUAAAUCUAUUGGACUUCAGAAAAUUGAAGAUAAGAAGAAAAGGAAAAAAUCAGCUCUUAUAAAAAAGCAAAGGUGCGGGCCAGAUGUUGAGAUUAACAAGGAUCCAAAAGAGCAGGAUGGGGAUCUGCAGGCAUCAGGGUGGACAUCUGUACACAUCAGAAAACAGCUGGUCAUUGGUGUUAAUGAAGUCACCAGAGCUCUGGAGAGGAAUGAGCUGCUCCUGGUUCUAGUGUGCAAGUCAGUCAAGCCUGCCGUCAUUACCUCACACUUGAUUCAGCUGAGUCUAAGCAGAGCUGUUCCUGCCUGUCAGGUACCUCAGCUCAGCCAGAGAAUUGCUCCCGUCAUUGGCUUAAAAUGUGUGCUAGCCUUGGGUUUCAGAAAGAAUACCAUGGACUUUGCUAAUGAAGUAGGAGCCAUCAUUCCCAGGGUACCCAGCUUAAAUGUGCCAUGGCUUCCAGAUAGAACCCAAGAUCCCACAGACAUUCUCGAGACUGAACCUUUGGAGAGCCAGGACACAGAGAUUUUGGACACUUCAUUUGAUGACCUUACAAAACUUAGUAAGAGGAAGCUUGCAGAAGGUGGACAAACUUCAGCUGUAACACUACAACCCCUUAAAAUAAAGAAACUCAUUCCCAACCCUAAUAAGAUAAGGAAACCACCCAAAAGUAAAAAACCCAUUUCAAAUUAGUUUUAUAUGACUUGUCACUUCAUGUAAGGAUAUGGUCAAAAUAAGCACUGAAACAAAUAAAAUCAAAUGUAUUUACAUAUA